UGUUAUCUUUUCGGUACCGAUGGUUUUGGAAAGUGCAUAGUUGUUUAGAAUAAAGUUAACAGUUCGGGCCGCUUGCAAAUACGUUUAAAAAUGGCAAUUAAAUAUUCCGUGGCAGACAAAGAACUUUUUAUUCAAAUUAUAGGGAAUUACCCCAUACUGGAAAAUAAGAGGACAGACGCUAAUCAUAUCGAAAAAAAAAGAAAUGCUUGGGAGAAAAUUACUGUGGAUUUCAAUGCUGCAACAUCUGAGAAGAGAACAAUGACCCAAUUAAAAAGGCUAUGGGACAAAAUGAAGAGAGCGAGAAAGGCUGAGCUAGCCCAGGAGAGACGGGAUCUGUUGGCAACAGGUGGUGGACCGCCCCCUGUUCCACCACCACCUCAACCAGUUAUUGAUGAUUUGGUUCCGCAUAUUGCAUUUGAAGUAGACGUUACAGAUGAUUCCGAUGGAGUUAACUUAAAUAAAAUAGAAGAUAUGCACCCACUUGGAACUGCAGUUGACUCAUCCUCGGGUCAAAAUACAUCGCCACUUCCACCAGUGAUUGUUAUGGAGCAAGGUAUGCAACCAUCUGGAACAGCAUUUGCCUCAUCCUCGAGUCAAACUACACCGCGGCUCCCACCAGUGAUUGUUCUUGAGCAAGACAAACCUUGUGUAUCUACUUCUAUGAGGAAAGUAUCCCCAGUUUCUUCACAAGGAAUUAAAAGAUUAGGAAAAACAAUUCCAAGAGAAGAAAUUAAAAAUAAACAGAUUACAGAACUUACUGAAGCGAGGCUGGCAUUAAUAAAAAAAGAAGAACAACAGAUGGACGAACUGCAUAAAAUCCGGCUAGAAGAAGCUAUUUAUAGAAAAGAAGCGGCCAGAUUGCAGAUGCUUCAGGAAGAAUUGAAGUUAAAACAGUUGCAAAAUGAGAAUUAGACAAAUUAUUAUGUGUUAAUCGCGAAGUGUAUACGUGAAAAACUUGACUGUGUUUACGCAAAAUAAAUCCCUUUAGCAAU